GGCUGUGUUCUGGGAGGGGGGGGUCAGCGGUGGAUACCAGGCCUUGCUGCUGGACGAGGAUCAGGGCUGGUUGUUGGUUGGAGGGAAAGACCACAUCUACCUGCUGAGAUCUGACAGCCUGGAUCUGCCCACACGUACAAAUGACGUGGGAGGAAAGAGGAGUCUGAUCAACCGUUGGACCACCUUCCUUAAAGCCCGUCUGGUGUGUUCUGUCCCCGGUCCGAACGGAGUCGACACGCAGUUCGAUGAGCUGGAGGACAUCUUUGUUCUGGAGACCAAAGAUCUUCAAAACCCGACAAUCUACGGCGUCUUCAGCACUUCCAGCUCCAUAUUCCGUGGUUCAGCGGUGUGCGUGUACUCCAUGGCGUCCAUCCGUGCUGCUUUUAACGGGCCGUUUGCCCAUAAAGAAGGUCCAGACUAUCGCUGGGUGGAGUACAAAGGCCGCAUCCCCUACCCAAGACCUGGAACUUGUCCCAGUGAGACUUACGACGCUCUCCACAAGUCCACCAAGGACUUCCCCGACGAGGUGGUGAGCUUCAUGAGGCAGCACCAGCUGAUGUGGGAGCCCGUCCUGCCUCUGGGCGCCCGACCCGUCUUAACCCGGGUCAACUCGCCCUACAUGUUCAAGAAGGUCGUGGUGGACAGAGUGGACGCAGAGGAAGGACCUUACGACGUCUUACACCUCGGCACCGAUGAUGGAAAGGUGGUGAAGGCAGUCUCUGUGAUCAAAGACAACUGGGACACUGAGGAAAUCAUACUGGAGGAGCUGACUGUCUUCCAGAGUCCGUCUCCAAUCCUGUCCAUGGAGCUGUCAACAAAGAGACAACAGCUGUACGUGUCCAGCGAGGUCGGCGUGGCCCAGCUGGGCCUCCAGAGGUGUGAGUUAUAUGGGGCUGACUGCGCUGGGUGCUGCCUGGCCAGAGACCCCUACUGCUCCUGGGAUGGACAGACCUGCUCCAGAUACUUCGCCAGCAGCAAGAGGCGGGCACGGAGACAGGAUAUAAAGUACGGAGACCCCUGGAGUCAGUGCCCAAUCACAGAUGACGAUUCAGAGUCUGUUGAGGUGAAGUCAGUGUACGGUGUGGAGGGGAACUCCACCUUCCUGGAGUGCGUGCCUCGGUCAACGCAGGCCCAGCUCAGGUGGACGGUAAAGCCCAACAAGGACAACCAGCAGCAAGCUCUCAGCAGAGAGCUCCCUCAGAGCAACGACGACCGCUCCCUUCACAUGAAGCGAGGGUUGCUGAUUCAACGCCUGGAGCUGGCAGACGUAGGCAUCUACACCUGCACCAGCCACGAGCACUCCUACAGUCAGGUCCUGGCCCGAUACCGCAUCCACAUCAUCCCCAACCACAGCCUCCAUCCAGCCCGCUACCAGCAGAACCCUCACAACCCCAACCAGCCCAGCCCUGUGAUCAUCGGGAAGAUUAACCCAGCAGCGGUGGGGGUCGCUGGGUUUCACAGCCAGGUGGGGACCCCUAAUGCACCACCUCCACUGCCGGGACAUAGGAACUCGUGGCUCUCCCAGAAUCCUCAGUUUUCUCUGAAGAGCUACAAAGACUUACAGCUGGUGGGCGGCAACGGUAUGAGCGUGGACGAGUACUGCGAGCAUCUGUGGUACCGUGAGAAACGCAGACAGCAGAAACUCCGCACUCUGAAGCUGAAACAGGAAAGCAGGAAAGCUCGAGUGAGGAGGAACAACCCGCCUGAGAUUCCCCUCUAGUCACCAGGAGACCACAGAGACUGACAACAGAUCCUGUACAUGCAGCAGACAAAGAAAGAAAGAAAUAAUGCCGGCUGGUAGUUUGAUGCCACCUCUAUGCCUUUAAAGACUGACAGAGAGUUAGUAUAUCCUCAUCCUAAAUAUAUUGACCUUUAGACAUUUCAAAAAUGGAAAUGGCAAUGUAUAAAAACUUUUGUUUCGGAAUUUAUAUGAUUAGCAACGUUCAUUAUUGUUUGGGACAUAGUUGGCUCCAAAAAGAUAUUUACACAUUCAGACCAGCCGAAUCACAAAUGUUCAAAGUAUUAUUGGUUUGUGACACAUUUAACCAUGCAUAUAUCUUAUUGUUUUUGCUGACAGGUUACAAGACAACAUACUUGUGAUGCUGAUGUCUGAUUAUAUUUCGGUUAACGUAACAUCAGCUUAAUUAGUUUUCAUUACAAGAUACUGUUUGUUUUGACUUAAAGUUAAAUCUUAGCAUUAAGUUUUGCUGUUAAAUAGCCUGCUGGCUUAUCAGCGGGGCACCAGAGCCAAAAAACUGUUGAAGUUUUAAGUUACUAUUUGUAGUGAUAGGCAGACUUUUCAUUUUUAUUAUAUUAAUUCAACAAUAUCCGCACCACAGUUUUCUUUUUCCAGUACGUCCUCUACACACUGGCAACAGACAACUGAAACUGCAGGAAACAGAAUCGUAAAUACACGGAAAGUUUGAGGUGAACAUGUAUCAGGAUCUCACACACAUACAAUACAGACUGAAAUAUAUAUAUAUGGUAUAAGUGAACAACAGAACACUAAACAAAAGAAGUGUUUGCCUUAUUUACUGCCCCACAUUUAUCUGUUAACAAAAAACAUGUUUUCCAUAACUAUUUAUGUUUGUUUUGCAAUCAAGGCUUCAUACAUACCUAAUAGAUUGAAUAAAGGCCUCUGUGGAAACGCACACAUAAAAUGGACCUUGCUCAAAUGAUAUAUUAUGUAUUAAUUCUGCCAUGUAACUAAAUAUUAUUAUUAUUAUUAUUCACAUCAAUGUAUAUUAAAGAACUCUAUUUUUGAUAGUUUUCUUUCUUUGUAUACUAGACUUUAGGACAUUUUCUAUAUGUUUUUAUAAACUUGUGUGUUCCUCAUGAGCAAAAUGAACUUCUUUUUUUUUUUUUUUUUUUUUUAAACUUCACUAAUCUAAUAAGCUUUGAGAUCAAGAACUGAGUCAUGGAUUUGUGUUAUACUGUAUGUGAAUAAGCCACAAAAAUGAUAACCUACAUGUAAAAUAAAAGGAAU